GAAAAGCACACUACACUAUUGAGCUAUUCUCUAGAGUUUAUAAAAUAAAAUAAACACAUUUUGUGAAAUAAGAUUUAGUAAUUUAGGUUACACAAUGUCAUUGGAGACCGUACCAAAAGAUCUUCGUCAUCUGCGGGCUUGUCUGCUAUGUUCUCUCGUCAAGACUAUUGACCAGUUCGAGUAUGACGGCUGCGAUAACUGUGAGUCCUACCUGCAAAUGAAGGGGAACCGGGAGAUGGUUUAUGAAUGCACAAGCUCCUCCUUUGAUGGUGUCAUUGCAAUGAUGAGUCCUGAAGACAGCUGGGUGGCUAAGUGGCAAAGAAUAGGAAAUUUCAAGGCAGGUGUCUAUGCUGUAACCGUAACUGGAAGGUUACCUCCAGGAGUGGUGCGAGAACUAAAGAGCAGAGGAGUCAUCUACAGGUCCAGAGACACGGCAGUGAAGACGUAAACGUGACGCACAGCACAGCUUUGGCAUCGCAUCCCAGAAACUUUCCUCAGCUAAAUGCUACACUGUUGAUUAUCGUCACCUGUCUGAAGAAGUCUGUUAAUCCGAUUGUAUUCCAGCUUCUGAGCCACACAGUGCUCUACAGCCUGUAAUAUCUCACCGCUGAUGUAAGAAUAAAUAGCUAAAAGCCCUUGAGAACUGGACUGGUGAACUUUAACUUUUGUGGAUAUCGCUGUAAUAUUCUUUUGCUUCAUUUACUUCUGGAAUCUUGUGUUUCUUUUAAUCGUACAGAAGUCUUAUUUUCUCAUUAUAUUUAUCUUGUUGGAUUGAAAGAGCACCACAGCAGUGACUUUAUUGGUUUGACAAUGCUGACUAAUCACAUUUGAAUAAAAGCUUCUUACAAAAAA